GGCAGUCUGGAAUGCCCCUCAGCGAUUGUGGUCUUAACAGGACAUCAGCUGUGUGUGUGUAUGUGUGUGUGUGUGUCGUGUGAGUUAAAUCUAUUUGCGCGUAUUCGUUAUAGAUGUUCUUGCGAAUCAAACCUCGGAAACGAUUAUAAUUUUGGGAGAAGAACAAGCUGGACACUUCGCCUUUCGAACCGCAGUGGACGUUAUUCCGCGGGCCUUCAGGACUAGAGACUGUCACUGAAACCACUGCAACCGGUGGUGCGUGACCGCGUGUUACUGCCGGACCUGCUGCUCAUUCCGACUCGGGCUUGCCUUGACUCCUUUUUGUAACGGGAGUCUUUUAAUGUAUUUGACGGAAGUAGUGGUUUAAAGUGUGGAAUACAUCCAUCUGUGUUGUCACUUGAGCGGUCCGGUUUUUUAAGAAAGAUGUAAACAUGGUCGCUCUGCAAUCCGUGGAGGUCGGAGACUAAUUCCAGGUUAAUUCUCGAUUACUGAUAUCCAACACGUGAAUUGGAAUGGAAUUGUUAUGGAUAUUGUUCCUCUUAUUUAACGGUUUAUUGAUGUCGGAUUGCGCUCGAGGUCCUCCUCGGAUAGCUGAGAAGGUGGUUCAGCGCCAGACGGUCCACGUGGGCCGCACCCUGAAGCUCCUGUGCCCCGUGGAGGGCGACCCCCCUCCGCUCAUCAUGUGGACCAAGGACGGGAGGAACAUCCACAGCGGCUGGGUACGCUUCCGGGUGCUGCAGCAGGCUCUGAAGAUCAAGGAGCUGGAGGCGGAAGACGCCGGAACGUUCAUCUGUAAGGCCACCAAUGGCUUCGGCAGCAUCAACAUCAACUAUACACUCAUCGUCAUAGAAGACUCCAGUGCCGGGAGGGACACAGCCGGUGCGGUGGGAGGCUUGGACUACUCAACCCAACUAUCAGGGAAACAGGUGCGCCCCAGGUUCACCCAGCCCACGAAGAUGCGUAAGCGCGUGAUUGCGAGGCCUGUGGGCAGCUCGGUGCGGCUCAAGUGCGCAGCCAAUGGGAUCCCUCGGCCAGAGAUCAUGUGGCUGAAGGACAGCCGACCUCUGACCCCGGAGGAGGUCGGCGAAGGCCGCAAGAAGAAGUGGACCCUCAGCCUGAGGAACCUGACUCCGGAGCACAGCGGCCGGUACACCUGCCACGUGUCGAACGGCGCCGGGGAGAUCAACGCCACCUACAAAGUGGAAGUCAUCCAGCGAACCAACUCCAAGCCCAUCCUGACGGGCACACACCCAGUGAACACCACGGUCUCCUACGGCGGCGCCACCUCGUUCCAGUGCAAGGUCCGCAGUGACGUCAAGCCCGUCAUCCAGUGGCUGAAGAGGGUGGAGCCCGGCGACGAGAACAAAUAUAAUUCCACCAUCGAGGUCGGCGACCAUCGCUUUGUCGUGCUGCCCACGGGAGAGGUGUGGUCCCGGCCCGACGGGUCCUACCUGAACAAGCUCCUGAUCACGCGGGCAAAGGAGGAGGACGCGGGCAUGUAUAUCUGCUUGGGUGCCAACACCAUGGGCUAUAGCUUCCGCAGUGCCUACCUCACGGUGUUACCUGACCCCAGCCCGCACCACUACACCAUCCCCACGGCGAUGUCGCCCAGCCUGCCCUGGCCUGUCAUCAUUGGCAUCCCCGCCGGCGUGGUGUUCAUCCUGGGCACGGUCCUCCUUUGGCUUUGCCAGUCUAAAAAGCAGUGUUCCCCUGGCACCAUCGUCACAAACCAGGCCAUGCCCAACCAGAAUCGCCCACCUCCUCCUCGUGAAUGGGGUCCGUGUACGUCGUCUGCCAGCGACAAGGAACAUUUGGGUUCGUUUAAUUCCGAGGGGUUGGUGGCCCAGCAGCAGCAGCUUCUCCUGCCCCAAGGGGGCGCACCCAAAGUCUACCCAAAGAUCUACACAGACAUCCACACACACACACACUCGCAUGUGGAUGGGAAAGUGCAUCAGCACCAGCACAUUCAUUACCAGUGUUAGCGUCCAGACACACACACACACACACACACAACACACACUCACACACACACACACGCACAUCACUUUCAAAUAUCAUACUGUGUUCCAGAAACCCUCAACUGAGUUAUCAAACUACCGGUGUGUUUUUCUACAAUUUCGUAUAUAUUCUGCUCUCACCUAAAGCCAGUGGCAGAGAUGUUUGAGUCACCGUAUCCAGACCUCCACUCACACACACACACACACACACACUCACACACACACACACACCUAAAGCCAGUGGCAGAGUUUUGAGUCACCGUAUCCAGGCCUACACUCACACUUUGCAUCUGGAGAACCUUUCAGUGACAGAUGACUUCAAGACAAACAAUAUUUGACAAAAAGUGUAAGGAAUGGGAUGACUUUUUCCGGCGAUCGACUCAAAAAGGACCAUAACUGGCGAUCUUCUCAAAAAGUACAACAACUGGAGCAAGGGAAUGUACACAAUGUUGUCAAUUCUUCACACGAUGCAUAAUGGAUACCACAGACGAGGCUCAUUUUCUUUCUGAUCACAAUUCACAACCAUUUUACUUAAUGAUCAUUUUCACUGUGUACUGUAACCCCAGGGACACUGUGACACACAAGCUGAAUAAUGACUGCUGACUAACCAAUCACAGCUUUGACAAGGAACGGUGGCAGCUUUCAGUAUGGAUACCAUACAUUGUACAUAGGUUAACGUCUGUGAGCUACAGUACCUCUGAUAUUUUAAUAAUAUUCUUGGAAAAUCUUGCUACUCUGAGCUUGGUUUUAAACAGUAAGUGAACCUAAAAUUACAAUCAUGGAUUCAUAUCAGUUCUAUCAAUUCUGAAAUGAAUGGACUUCUCUUUAGCAGGGCCGGAUAGUGUUCAGUAAUCAUAGACAUAUGACAGUGGCUUUGAUAGUGUUCAGUAAACAGAUAUGACAGUGGCUUUGAUCAUGUUCAGUAAACACAGACACAUGACAGUGGCUUUGAUAGUUUUCAUUAAACAGAUAUGACAGUGGCUUUGAUAGUGUUCAGUAAUCAUAUGACAUAAGACAGUGGCUUUUGGACCAGAUGCUAGAACAAUACCAAUGAUGCUAUUUGACCAAAAUACUUAUUUCCUCUGGCACUACCCACGUGUUGGUAAAAAAGCCUGAUUGAUAACUUUUUGAACAUUGAACAUUACGUUUAUAUUUACUGAAUACAGGCACUCUGAAUUUGCAACAUACAACCUCCUUCUAAAACGGUCUUCAGGCAGAGUUUGACAUUAAGCCUACUUUGCACUGCAGCGUAUAUGAUACGGCAGAUUUAUAUCCCAGCUCAUAAACAAAAGGGAGACUCUACUUCACAUCACAUCUCGCCCAUACACGCAGCCCUUUGCCCUGGCCUAUGUGUUUAUGUAGCCUGGCCUAUGUGUUCAUGUAGCCAACUUCAAAGUCGGAACGUUUCUAUUGAUUUAGUAGCUACAUACGAUUGUGUAAACAUGUAAAUAACUCAAAUUCUAAAAAUAAUAUCAUAAUGUUGGACAAAACAACUGCUUUCUGUGUCCAUGUUUGCAACAUUUAUCUCCAUAAAUGUACAGUUCACUAUGCUAUCAAUAUGAAUGCUUAUCCUGUUAAGAUAUCUUAUUUUGUGCUGUUGCAAACAAGCUGGUCAAGUAUAUAUUUUGUACUUGAAAGGUUAUUGAUAUUUGUUUUGUCAGGAUCUGGUCCAAUAGUCACUCUGUAAUCAUACAUGUUCAUGUUCACAUGCGUUACUUUACUCAAAAGAUGUAUGAACACACACACACACACACACACACACAGCCUAAGACACACACACACACACACACACAAACAACACAUAUCCACUAUUCUGAACGUGUGGUUAUCCCUGGGUGAUAUCAAAAUGCAUAAUCCUAACCACAAAAUGAAAUUUUCAUACAAUUCUUUAAUAAUGGUUUAAUUACUAAUCUUUUGGGAAGUACAGCUAAUGUGACUUAUGAGAGUGAAACCCCAACAGCAGAUCAGAUCAAUGGAUUCAUCAGUUUGUGACUUAUGAGGAGUGAAACCACAACAGGUCAAAUCAAUGGGUUAAUCAGUUUGUCAAACUGUGUCUGACGGCUUUGGUGUCCAUUUUUGAUAAAUGUAUUUAACUAGUUCAUAGCUUGUCAAGUGAUUCUAAAAGCAAAACUUCUAUUUAUUUGUUAAGCAAGAAAUAUUGUUUUUACAUGAAAUGGGGCAUUACUGUAGUAUGUAAUUGUUUGAAUCACAAAUACAGGAUUUAUUGGAUUGUGUGAACAUAAGCUAUCUACUGCAUACAGCAUACAUCAGAUGUGCAAGAGUUGUCGUGAGACAGUGACCUGGUGACUACCAUACUGUGAUGUGCGUUAUCUAAUACAGAGGUUCUCAAACUAGGGGUCGGGACCCCAAGUGGGGUCGCCAAACAUUUUUGGGGGGUCGCGAAAUGAUCUUGCUGCCCUGUGCAUCAACAUAUUAGGCUUUGACAUGCUG